UUAAAACUCUCUGACGCAUGCGCAGCUAUAUUACUGGAAAAAAAAUUAGACAAUACAUUUUCGCAGGACAGCAAACAAUCAGGACGUGAUGUGCUCAGAGAGCGCAAGUGAACUACAUAGACUUAUCAAAUUGGAUAGUCUUGUUAAGGCCAAGCUAAUUCUUAAAAAUUACAAGAAAUAUGAUAAACAAAAAAUUGUAAAUGAACUUGUUAAAGAUGUCACCGCUCUCUUUUUGGCUGCGGUUGAAGGUCGUGUAACUUUUGUUCACUACCUGAUUGAAGAAUGCAAUGCAGAUUUAGAAAAGCCUGGUAUAUUUGUUGUAGCACAAGAUAAGGGUAGGCAUAAAGUCACACCUCUAUGGGCAGCAGCCGUCUCAAAUCAUUUAGAGGUAGUCAAAAUUUUACUGAAAGCUGGUGCUCAUGUGAACGCCUUAUCGGACACUGGGUCCACUCCAGUUCGAUCAGCCUGCUAUAUGACUAACAUCGAUGUAAUUAAGACUUUAAUUGAAUAUGGAGCUGAUAUUCACAAAGCUAACAAAAAUGGUGGAACCUGUCUCAUAAAUGCAGUUCAGAGUGCUGAACUAUGCCAAAUACUCGUCGAUCAAGGAGUCGCUUUAGAUAAGGCAGAUAUGUCCGGCAAUGUAGCGCUACAUUACGCUGUAAAAGAAGGUAGAAUUGAUAGUGUAAGACUUCUACUUCGGUACGGAGCUGAUGUACAUAUAAAAAAUGAGAAUGGUGAUGAUGUAAUUAGAACUGCCGCUCUAAGGUGCCAGAUAGAAAUAGUCGAACUUAUACACGACGAAGCACAUACAUCAGAUACGGAAUAUGCCGAAGCUCUGGACUUGCUUGGUGCUCAAUUGAUGGACGAAAAUCAUGAUUUAUCAACAGCAAUGACAAUAUGGGGUAAGGCUAUCGACUAUCGUAUAGAAAAGAGUUUGCAAUUUGUAAAACCAUCCGAGCCAAUUCCUGCCUAUAAUUACGCAAGUGGCGUCGAAAAUCGACAAGACUUGGAUAAUCUUUUGGAAUCUCCUGAUAAACUUUAUAUGCAAGCGCUAUUACUCAGACAAGAAAUCUUGGGGCCAAGACAUCGCGACACUCUCUUUGGUUUAAUGUAUAGAGGAGCCGUCUACGCUGAUAAUAGGAAUUUUGAACAAUGCGUAAGAAUAUGGCUACAUGGUCUAAAGUUAAGAAAAGAAUGCUGUAACUCAUUUCAUGAAUGCGCUUUUGCCUUACAAGCAUUAACCAAACUUUUCUGGGAAAUGACUGAUAAAAUUGACCAGAAAAAUUUACGCGAAGUCAUUGAUAUUGCUAUAGAUCAAAUGAAAUUGUCGAGUAGCAAAGAAAAUGGAGACAUAAUCAUAAAACUAUUAACUCAUCAACUAAUUUUAGUAAGAGAAUGUGACUUACCUGAAAUUUUAAAGCCUAUUAGCAAUUUUAAGAGAAACUCUGGUUUAAACCUAGUUCAUUGUGUUGUAAACAGUAAUUAUUCGAAUGUUGCAGACGAAUUUUUCUCAAUUUUACCAAACUGUUCACUUUUAAGAUCUUUGGUCUACAGCGGAGCAGACUGUGAUGUUCUCUACGAUGGCCGUACACCUUUACAAGUAGUUGUAAAUGAUUUGUUAUAUGCCAAAAAUGACGAUAUGAAGAGAUCUAUCCUAAUCGACGCUGCAAAAAUAUUAUUAGACGAGGGAGAUGCUCACUUUGAUUUACAUGAUUCUGUUACAAACACAAAUACUGGUGAUCAAAUUUUAAAACUUGUACCUGGGCAAUUUUGCCCUCUAAAAUAUGUAGGACUAAAAUGUUUAGCGGCUAGAGUCGUUAAACGAUUUCUUCAUAACUUAUCUGCAGAAGAUCUUCCACAGGUUCUGAUUCAUUAUGUUUCUAUGCACUAGUUUUAUCUUAGGAAGACGCUAUUUUUCUUCCUUCUAAAAACAUCUUUAAAUGUUGUUUUACAUAUAUAUAU